GGUCUUUCAGAUGUCUCCGUCCGACAUACCCCGCUCCGGUCUCCGGAAAGGAACGAAAAGCUGCACCGAGUGUAGACGACGGAAAGUUCGCUGCAUUCGGAUUCCUCGAGAAGCGGAUACAUGCCAACAAUGUGAGGAUCGAGGGGUGGCCUGUACUGCACAGGUAUCGAACAGGGCGCGAUCAUCGCAACCCUCACGACUCUCGUCACGACUCCGCAUCGCUCAGCUCGAAUCUCAGGUCGCCCACUUAACAGGAAUUGUAAACAACAUCGAGCUCAAGCUCGGCUAUAAACCGUCUCAGAUCCCUAGCGGUAAAGAUGACCAAUUCUCGGACCCCGACGGCUCCGAAGGAGAAAGUAGUGGGUCGGAUAUUCCCAUGGCUGAAAAAGCAUCACACCUGCAAUCGCUCUUCCAGAAUGACUGGCUGAGUGCUGAUCCAUGUCAGCAUGAGAAGCAGGCGGAGCAACGCACGGAUAGAAUCUUUGCGCAAUUGUCGAUCGAUGUACGGCCCAAACUCCAGAACAUGAUUCCACCAAAGGAUGAGGUUGCGGAUAUUGCGGGAUCCGCUUACGAUUGGCUGACCGUUCUUCAUGCACUAUUUCCACAACCACUGAUGCUGGAGUCUCCCCAAGAACUACUAAACGGCUACGAGUCAAUGUGUAGUCCCAAUAUAGACGUCAUCAUACUAGCUUCUUGGCUUCUUACGCUUGCCCUUACCGCACAGCAAAUACAUCCAGGGCGGGAAGGUUCCGAUGUAUAUCUGAGAAAGUGCCAGAGAAGGUUUGAAUUUUGCCAAUCAAUCAUACACAUAGUUGACGAUACACUGCUCUGCCAUGAUCGAUUGGUGGGAACUAUUCAAGGCCUUGGGAUGGCUUUACAUUUCAUUAGACUUCAAGUAGGUCAAGGGCACUUUCAAAAGGCCUGGAUUAAAUUACGCCACAUUAUCGCGAUAGCAGAGUUGAUGGGCUUACCCAGAGUAUUCCAAGCAAUGCGCCUCAACCAGCCUACCUACACGGAUGACACAUCAGUUCACAAAGUCCACUUAUGGCAAGCAAUCUGUAAUAUAGAACGGCUAAAUGGCAUGAUACUAAAUCUUCCCCCGGGGACCGCACGGUAUCAACUUACAACAGCUUCCCCACUUAAUGCCGAUGGCAGCAUCCACCUCACAACCUAUCUCACCAGACUUUUGAACAUUUCUAUCAAGGUUUACGAUUUGGACGAAUUCAGUGCUCCACAUGAAUCCAGUAUGAAAAGGCAGAUGGCCGCUCUGGAGAUGGCUCAAGCCCUUGGAGAACUCGCGGGCCAGGCACCAGAUACAUGGUGGGCUGGAGGUGAGCGAGAUCACAUAACACCAGAUGAUAUAGUACAGUUUUUGCACUGCUGUGUCCUCAUGAGAGUCUACCUACCAUUGGCGCUGAAGCAGAACCUCGGAGAUGAGCUCGUGUAUGCUCGGCUACCGUGCAUGAAUGCCUGUGAAGCAGUGGCUCGCCGGUAUCUAGUACUCCGGAGAAAGCUUCCCGCAGGCCUGUUCAUGUCUCGAAUAUUGGAUUUACAGGCUCUUACAGCAGCAUCCGUACUCCUUCUCCUUUCCCACCACGUCCGCUCAACAGACCGUCAUAGCCUCCGUGUCGAUAUAAGCCACCUCCACGGAGUAGUCUCGGACGUCAUCACUUUGAUUGGGGAAAGGGCGAGAGACCCAACCAAUUCAGAGCUCGCAGUAGAGGCAUAUAAUACCCUUCGUGCUUUAGACCAACUCCUUCAUCAAGACGACCGCACUGGCGAGGUUGAAAGAUUAACAAUUACAGUGCCGUUGCUGGGGAAGAUACAUGUCCGACGUAACAACCGCUCAGCUCCGCAAUCCAGGGUAACUAACCAGCCGUCGUCUCAGUUAGAGUCAAGUAUGGGUCUUCAAAAGUGGAUUUCUGCAUCACAUCCACUAGAGGGUCAAUCCAGCCUCGGCACGAACGUGCCCGUAAACGAGACUGAUCCAACUCCCGACGAAUGGCGGUUGACUGAUCUUUCCUGGUCAGUUGAAGGCAGCCUUGAUAACCUACUCGAGGAUGCUUUCUUGAACGAAAGUAUUGGGCAAUAUGUACACAUUUGAAGCGUUGGCGCCCUCGCUGCAGGCAAUGACUCUUUUGUUCAUGCGUCUGCUGUUCGGUAUAUGGUCUUCUUUGCGACUCUGCUGUGGAAGUGACUGCAUUGGAAGGCAGACACCAAGUUACACAUAUCGCUAUUUCUCUAUUCGCUACAAUCAGUCAAUACGCCGUACAUCCCCCGACUUCCAUUGUUACUACACCAGAAUAGCCAUGGCAUUGAUCAAAUGCUGAUGUUGAAAGCCCGGGCUAGGAACAAUAUGCGAAUGGACAUUUAUAAAAUUCAACAUUAUUGCCAAUAAACCCCGCAACAAAGUAAUGAUAUAAGUACGGAGUACGGAGUAGAGGAGUGUCCUUUCCAUAUAACACGUAGGCUCGGUCGCCACCUUUCCUCUACUAUUACCAAGUAGCUCUUAACGCAACAACCCAGUGGACGAUAAUUGGAAGGAACAUAUCCCGAUGGGCCUUAACUUGGA